AUGUCUUCGAGUGCUGAUAACUAUUCUGCAAGGAACGAUUUUAGAGAAAAGGUUACCAUUUCGGGGCUUUCGAAAGCUGCUCAAUAUCAGAAACGACACCAAAUCGACUCACUUGUCCAUAUCCAGUCGAAUCGAUUAAAUCUUCCUUUUCAGCAUAUUCAGCUUUUAUCAUUAAUUAUCCUUGGAUUUUCCGACUCGGCUAAUGCUUUUAAAGGAAACACCAGUUCAGCUAAUGAAAUUAUCGAGACGGUCUUUGAUCUUCUGAUCACGGUUCUCAUUCCAGUAAUCUUGGUUGCUAAAAAUAAUAAGACUGAUACCAGUAUUUUCAGUCGUGCUUGGUUGACUUUUCUUGCCAUUAUUCUUAAUUAUGCGCAGCUUUCUUUAAAAAUUUGGUUCUGGGUCAGGGCUUACGAGACUACUCAUGAUUUCUUUUUUAUUACUUAUCUCAUAGCCAACAUUACUACUAGUCAAAUUCUUUGCUGUUUUAUCAGAAUACAUCCACGAAUAGUGGUAACAAUCAUAAGUUCCUCAACGUUUGUUAUAGAUUUAGUUUUUCUUUUUCUGGCUGCGAAGAAGGGUUAUGUCGACUCGUCGACUUAUCUUUUUAUAGUAAUACCCAUUAUCAUAGCGUUUGCACUUGCGAUUGUUAUAUUCGUAAAAAUAAUAAGAGAAAAUCCAGAGGAUGACCAUAAGGAUGAUGAUAUAUUCUCACUUUAUAUGCUAGAUUUUGGAAAAUUUAAUAGACCAAUUUGGAUCAUUGGGUUUUGCUCAAGUUUGGUAAAUUGUUCGAUCGUUGGACCUUCGAUUCUUUGGAUCAAGGUUUAUAUCACCUUAGGAAUUAUUAGUUAUACAGCAGUUGAUACUCGCGAUGAGUUACGUGAUAAAGAGAGCGAAUUCUCUUAA